AAUAUCCACCCUGCUUGACCUAAACAGUUUAGAGUCGACUCAGAUUCUUCUGGCGCCAUUUUUCCAUUUUCCUUUUCCGCGAUCCUAGACACUAACUUGAAAACAGUAGCACAAGACAAAACCCUAACUCAUCUUCCUCCUUUCGUUUCCCUCAAUCACCUUUAGAUUAUUCACUCCUAUCAUCAACACGCUGAACAUCGCCGGUCUAUCAUCACUUCUCCGGCGACUUUUAGCAAGCUCCAGCUCUCCUCAAACAGUACUAGGCUUGAACUUGUCGAUUGUUGAGCAGUUCUGUAACUGUGGCUGAAGAUGGAUAUUGAUUCUGAUUUUGGCAAAAUGAAUAUUAAAGCUGCAAAUGAAGGUUCGUCUUCGUCAGUGCAGUUGGAUUCAAAGAAGGGAACUGUUGAAGAAAAGGAGGAGCUUACUGAAUCAAUGGACAAAAUAGAUAUUCAACAAUCACCAUCUGGACAAGCUGGGUCUUCAUCAUUAAAUUUCAAAAGAAAACCAGUUGUCAUUAUUGUUGUAGGAAUGGCAGGAAGUGGAAAAACAACCUUCCUUCAUAGGUUGGUUUGCCACACACAAGCUGCAAAUAUUCGUGGUUAUGUACUCAACCUUGAUCCUGCUGUGAUGACUCUUCCUUUUGGUGCAAACAUUGAUAUAAGAGACACUGUUCGGUACAAGGAAGUCAUGAAGCAGUUUAAUCUUGGACCUAAUGGAGGAAUCCUAACAUCUUUAAAUUUGUUUGCUACAAAGUUUGAUGAGGUUAUUUCAACUAUUGAAAGGCGCGCAGAUCAACUUGAUUAUGUUCUAGUGGAUACACCUGGACAAAUUGAGAUUUUCACGUGGUCUGCUUCUGGAGCUAUCAUCACAGAAGCUUUUGCUUCAACGUUUCCAACUAUAAUUGCUUAUGUGAUUGAUACACCUCGUUCCUCAAGCCCAACUACUUUCAUGAGCAAUAUGCUUUAUGCUUGUAGCAUACUCUACAAGACACGGUUGCCUCUUGUGUUGGCAUUCAACAAGAUAGAUGUGGCUCAACACCAGUUUGCUUUGGAGUGGAUGGAAGAUUUUGAAGCCUUCCAAGCAGCUGUCAGCUCAGAUCACUCGUAUACAUCCACUUUGACAGCAAGCCUUUCCCUUGUGCUUGAUGAAUUUUAUAAGAAUUUAAAAUCUAUUGGGGUCUCUGCUGUUUCUGGAGCUGGAAUGGAUGCCUUUUUCAAGGCUAUUGAGGCUAGUGCUGAGGAAUAUAUGGAAACCUACAAGGCUGAUCUUGAUAAGAGACGGGCAGAGAAGCAACGCCUGGAAGAAGAGCGCCGGAGAGAAAACAUGGAAAAGUUGAGGAAGGAUAUGGAGAAAUCUGGGGGAGAAACUGUGGUCCUGACCACUGGGUUGAAGGACAAAGAAGCCAGGAGAGACACUGUGAUGGACAAGGAAGAGGAAGAGGAAGAUGAUGAUUUUGAGAGGUUUAGUGAGGAGGAAGAAGAUGCCAUAGAUGAGGAUGAAGACGAAGAAGUUGUCAGGUUCUCCUUUUAGUGGAGCGGUUUUACAGCCUUAAGUUUCUUUAGACUACUUGAUGCAGGAUAGCAAUGGAUUAUGGGUUUUGCACCAGAAUGACAUGACUUGAUGAUGACGGAAUACUUUGAUUCUGGUUGUGCCUCUCUUUGAAUAUUCCAUAUUCAGCGUUUACACAUGUGCAUUAGUAUUGAAUGGAAGUAGGCAACUAUUAUCAACGCCUGUCAAAUCACACGGGUAGAUAGAUGUGCAUAGAUGUUUUACAUGUACAGGAUUUACAUUGUAGAAGUGCUUUCUGGUGGCUGAAGGAAUAUCUGAUUUUGGUAUUCUAUUUUCUGAAUGCCAUUAGUUGGUACCAUUUAAUCUGCCUGUAAUUGAAGCUUGUAAAUUUGCUAUGUUUUGGGCAUUUCUGUUGGCAGUCUUAGAGAAGUACUUUGCACUGGAUGCCCAAAAUUGUUCUGCUUGAUGGCACGGUAGAAAUAUGAAACCAGUACUGGAGUCGCAUAUCUAUUUUAUUUUCUUUUUUUGAAA